AUGGAAUCUGUUGUUACCCUGCCGGAGGAGUCUACAACAAGGUAUUUGGCCUCCGCUUUCGGGUCCUUAUACUUCUGUCAUUUUUUAUCAACUAUUCCCUUGGAGGUGGAAGUCAUGUGGCCUACCAAGUGGACAUGGAUGAAGGCUAUGUAUAUGCUCGCCACUAUACGAAGCCUCAUUCAGAACCGGUACUCAGGCCUCGGAUACUCCAUCAUAACUAUCCUCCUCGCCUUCUCCGAUAUCGUAGAUGAGAGGGUUUUAGGGCCGAACACGAUCACCGAACUUUUUGUUGACAGGAAUGGUAUUAUGCAGAGCGUGUUCAUGAUAUACAAUGGCGUCAUGGUGGUCACAAUCAUCGAAGUUAUCUUGCAAAUGAGGCUGCACGCCUUCUUUGAGUAUCGUCGCGGCAUAAUUGCACUUGUAUCUAUUGCAUUUGCGGCGGAACUGGGUGGCACGCUAUACUUGAUUUUAUCAAAUACUUCCGGUGGAAUGUCAAACGCGCUGGGAUUCACCUUUUUACCGACUCUAGUCUUUGACGUCUUCAUGCUUUCCCUAUUCUUAUACAAAACAGUCCAGCAUUCAAAGACACGCCACGGGAUGGGUAUUCCAGCGUACUGGGGCUAUGGUGGAAGACUGGUGUUCAUACUAACGAGGGACACACUGUGGUACUAUCUUUGUGUCAUUGUCACUAUGGCCAUUGGCGUGGGCCUCAACCUAUCAUACAUAGAGAGCGGACUGACCGAACCGUAUACAUGGAUGGUGAUCAUUCCGGCUAUCCUGACGGACAACAUGAUCUUGAAUUUGCGCUAUGCGGGGAUGCGAGGGCUGACGGACAGCGAAUCUGUUGCUGUCGCCACGGACUUUCACUAUUCUUGA